UUUAUUUAAAAAAUCAUUUAUUAAGUGAAAAUAUUUAAAUAUAAAUACGCCAUCUGGCGAUAUAAGUUAAUUCUUUCUUAAGAGAUCUACAGAUGAAGAUAUUUCAACCCGGGCUAUUACGCCCUGCCCGCAUGUUAUAAAAAUUCGAUUGUUGAGACGUCACGUGACCCGUAAAGGAAUUAUGCGGGUCUCGCGAAAGCUUUCUUCAUAAAAAUGUUACCCUUCCUCUUACUUUUUUCUCUCGGUUUUUCUGAAACUUUGCGACUUCACGUUAAUGAAGAGACGCCAAUUGGCUUUCGUCUACUGGAAUUAGAGAAGAAUAAAUCCUACCGCUUACUGACUGAUACGGAUUUAUUUAGAUUAUCUCAAGGUGUUGUUUACGUAAACAACAGGAUAGACAGAGAAACACUGUGUAAGCCAGGCCCUGUAUGUGCCACACAACUCGAAUUUGCAGUAUUACCAAUUGAAAAAUUGGAAAUUUUACGGAUAAAUAUAACUAUAGAUGAUAUUAACGAUAAUCCACCUAUCGUUAAACCGGAAAUUGUAAGAAUUAAAAUUACGGAAUCGACACCUUUAGACGCACUGUUUCCGAUUGCUAGUGUUAAAGAUGCCGACGGCGAAGAUUACGGUAUUAAAACAGUUCAACUGGAAGAUAGUUAUUUUGGAGUUGUGCACGAAUCGGAUGAAUUACGUCUGAUAUUGAAGAGGAUGAUCGAUUACGAAAGACUGGAUAAUACGAUUAUGAAUAUGUCAAUAUCAAUAAGUGACGGAUAUUACAAUACUUCCUUGUCAAUUAUUGCCGAGAUAAUUGAUAUAAACGACAACCCCCCAAUAUUCGAAAAAGAAGAAUAUAUCAUUGAUAUCUAUGAGAAUUUAACUAUAAAUACGCAGAUAUUGAACCUCAAGGCCGUCGAUCUCGAUUCAACAAUCCAAUUUCGAUUAGUAAAGUAUUCAUUAAGUACUAACCAAUAUUUUGGUGUCGAUGCGUAUAAUGGAACUUUAAAAACCCUUAAAAAGCUAAAUUACGAAGCGAAGCGGCUGUUUCACCUAACUGCUACAGCUACUGAUGCUGGAGGUCUAUAUUCCAGGACGUCGAUAAUAAUAAGGCUUUUGAAUAUUAAUGAGAGAUCGUUUCGAAUCAAAGUCACGCCCAUUACUGGCUACGAUAAUGAAUUAUUGAUCAAAGAAAAUCUCUUGGCAAACAGUGUCGUAGCUCUCGUUAAAGUCGAAUUGGACGAAUGGGAGGAGUCGGUCAAUAAUGUCGAGUGCUUUUCGGACGAAUCGGAAAAGUUCAAAGUGUCUAGAUUAGAUAAUCAGCUAGUUUUAUUGACUAAUACGUCUUUCGACAGGGAGUUUGAGGAAAGAUUUAGCUCAAGAGUAAUUUGUGUUAAUUUAGGCGUCUAUAGAAAUCAAAGUAUAGACGUCCGAAUUGUAGAUGAGAAUGAUAAUGCACCCGAGUUUGUUCAAUCCGAGUGGAUUGUUGAGGUUGAAGAGAAUAUCCCUCCUGCAACGCUAAUAGCAAUUUCCGCUACAGAUUCCGAUAAAGGCCUAAACUCAGAAUUAAGGUACGAAAUUUACGGCGAAGAUUGCUUCCAGAUCCACCCAAUUUUCGGUACUUUAUCAUCAACGUGUGAAUUCGAUUUCGAAGUUAGGACCGUCUAUAAUUUAACUGUACACGUUUUUGAUGGAGGGGAGCCAAGUUUGAACAACUCGGUCGGGGUGAAGGUCAUCGUUAAGAACCUCCUCGAUACGCAACCCGAGUGUUUGGACAAUGAAUUUCGUGUUUUGGAGAAUGAGGGUGGUGUUUAUCUGGGUCAAAUCUCGUUUCGAAAUCCCGAAAAUUCUACCGUCUUCUUUAGUAAAUAUGACGAAAAGCGUUUUUCGAUCUCGAACGAAAGUGUCUUCCUCAGAGAGCCCAUCGAUCGAGAACGUUUACAGACUGUCAACUUACGACCACUAAUCUUGUAUGACCUUGACCCAAGGGUUAAUUCCACCUGCCAACUCGUAAUCAACAUUGUCGAUCUGAAUGAUAACGUUCCCGAAAUCGUUUUCCCAUCUAACGAUUCUACCCUCCACCUACCCGAAUCCUCUUUCAAUCGCAACAGGAAGUUGUUAAGCAUAGUAAUCAGAGACGACGACGAAGGGUUGAACGGUGAAAUAGACGUCUUCUUGAAACCGGAAAUUUGCUUUCGAUUGGACGGUUUAGACGUCGUGUUCGAUUGUUCAACUUCAAAUAUUGGUGACGUUUUCAAUCUGGAAUUAUUUGCUAGCGAUAAAGGAACACCGGCCUUAAAUACCUCGGUAACCUUUAAGAUUAUCCGGAUAGAAGAUGCCGAGGAGAAGGAGAAUUAUUUGCCAUUUAUAUUAACUGUAACAUUAUCCGCAAUACUUCUUGGAAGUUUGAUAAUAAUUUUAGUCCGGACUAUCAAGAUUCAAAGGAAGAAGGUUAUCAUCAGCUGAUAUAAAAACCUAGGCCUUUUUUUGUAAUAGCUCUCCCGCAACAUUGACCUACGAGGUUAACCGAACCUGCAGACUUCUAAUCUUAGCGAUGCGAAAGAUAAGUUUGAACAAAAAAAAGAAACGGUUUUUUUUUAUUUGAAUAACUUUACCUCUGAGUUGAACAAAGGGGUGACGCCCCGACGCGGUUGAUAUUGCUUUGAACGACUGAUAGAUUGAACUUGAAAAAGAGUAUAUAUUGUCAUGAUAAAAAUAGAGACAAAAUAAGAAUAAGAAUUAUAUAUAAAAGAAAAAAAAAUAAAAUUGAAAACGAAAUAAAGAAACUAAAUUGAUACUUUCGAAAUUUUUUUACUCUUUAUAAUGAAGAAAGACGAGAAGGGGGCUGGAUGGCCUAUUAGACGGAGGAGCGAAG